UCAUCGCAGGCUACAAAAAUUGUUUACCAACAUUCCGCUUGGAACGCACCGGCACGAACAUCGACUGCCCUCAGAAUGGACGCCGAACAGCCUCAAGAUGCGCUACCCAGCACCCAGGAAACGACCGACGGCGACGAUGAGGGCCUCUCGCAAGACUCGCAAGCCGAGAGUCAGGAAAGCACCACCGAUCUGGCCCUGGUGGAGGAACCAUACCAGAGUCAGGAGUUCUUGCAGCGGAAGUUGUACUUUCUGCUGGAACAGCUGAAGAAGAUGCACGCUACCCUACCAGAACAAUUCCAACUGCGCAUUUCGUACGAGCUUCUGGCCGGAUUGGCCAACUCGCUGUUGAACGACACAAUCUUUGAGAUUGUGAAGGGCUUGAUGGAGAUCCAACAUGUGACCGAGAAGCAUCUGAUGCAGGUUCGGGAGAAGGUCGAGAACGAUCAUCAGUUGGAAGUCAAACAAUGGGAGUCGAAAAUUCAGGACCCGGAAGAGCUGGAGCACAUCAUCGCACUGAUGAAGAUCAAACACUCCAAAAAUAUGAAGGAAACCGACAUGAAGCUGGUGCUCCAUCUGGACCAGAAAGUCAAAGACCAACAGUCAACGCUGGAGAAGGCUGGCGUGCCCGGGUUUUACGUGUCGGACAAUCCGAUGGAGAUUAAAAUUCAAAUGUACCUACUGGACUUUAUUCUCCGCUUGUCGAGGUUGAAGUUCGAACCCAACAAAUAGCAUUCGGUUGAGGAUGCUUCCGCAAUUUGGGAAAAGACUGAUUGAUGGUUGUACGAAGUGAAAUAUUCGUAAGAAAAACUUUUGUUGAUUUGAAGUAUGCAAUUAAUGACUUCGGAUGCAGGCGAAAUAAACCGGUUACCGGCCGAAAAUCUCUAGAGCAUAAAA